UUCCUAGACAAAUCCAUCCUAGUCAUAAACGGAUGAAUUUGACCCCAUUCGCAUCCAAAUCCCUCAUAGGAAAGAUAGGAAGAACACGCUCCCGAUCUGUUACUCUCUGGUUGUCGUCUACUCUGCUUUCCGGCUAUCCCUCUAUAAAUCGACAGAAAACGAUAGUUCACGGCAUUAUAUUAUCUGCGCAUUAUUUUUCUCUACUCUCCAAACGUGCUAGUCUCCUUUCCCGAGAAAGCUCUGCUGCUUAGGCUGUACUGGGAUCAGAUCAUCCUAUCGGCAGCAACCAUCUUCUUCUUCACCCGAACGAAACAGAGGCCGCCCAAGAUGGGAACGGAGGUGCUGAACUUGGGUCACAGCCAUGGCGGCGCUUGCUGCAGCAAGAAGGGACCUGGGUAUGCCACCCCGCUUGAAGCCAUGGCUGGUCCUAGGGAGUCUCUCAUUUAUGUUACUUGCGUCUAUACUGGAACUGGAAUUCAGAAGCCUGAUUUUCUAGCAACUGUGGAUCUGGAUCCGAAUUCCCCUACUUACUCACAAGUCAUCCACAGGCUAUCCAUGCCGCAUUUAGGAGAUGAACUGCAUCAUUCUGGGUGGAAUGCUUGCAGCUCUUGCCAUGGCAACCCAUCUACGAGCCGCCGCUUCCUUGUCCUCCCUUCAUUGGUUUCUGGACGCAUAUAUGCAGUAGAUACCCUGAAGGAUCCUAAAGCGCCAUCUCUACAUAAGGCUGUAGAGCCGGCAGACAUUUUGGCCAAGACAGGAUUGACAUAUCCGCACACUGCCCAUUGCCUUGGCUCUGGUGAUAUAAUGGUCUCGUGCCUUGGCGACAAGGAUGGCAAUGCCGAGGGGCUUGGGUUUCUGCUCCUUGAUCCCGACUUCAAUGUGAAAGGAAGGUGGGAAAAACCAGGCAAUUCUCCUCUGUUUGGCUAUGACUUCUGGUACCAGCCGCGUCACAACACAAUGAUCAGUACAUCAUGGGGAGCUCCUGCUGCAUUUACAAAAGGUUUUAACCUGCAGCAUGUGUCGGAUGGUCUCUAUGGAAGGCAUCUCUAUGUCUAUGAUUGGUCGACUGGUGAACUGAAGCAGCAGCUGGAUCUGGGAAGCACUGGCCUCCUACCCUUGGAGAUAAGGUUCCUGCACGAUCCUUCCAAAGACACAGGGUUCGUUGGGUGCGCCUUAACUAGCAACAUGGUGAGAUUUUUCAAGAAUGCAGACGAUUCCUGGAGUCAUGAGUUGGCGAUAUCGGUGAAACCUCUCAAGGUGAAGAACUGGAUUCUGCCUGAGAUGCCUGGUCUCAUAACCGAUUUCCUCAUGUCACUUGACGACCGGUUUCUGUACUUCGUCAACUGGCUUCAUGGAGACAUUCGACAAUACAACAUUGAGGACGUCAAGAAUCCGGUCUUGACAGGACAGCUCUGGGUUGGGGGACUCCUGCAGAAAGGUAGUCCCAUAGUAGUUGAGACAGAGGAUGGUGGCACCUGGCAGGCUGAUGUUCCAGAGGUUCAGGGGAAGAGGUUGAGAGGGGGACCUCAGAUGAUUCAGUUAAGUCUAGAUGGGAAGAGGCUGUACGUGACAAACUCCCUGUUCAGCACCUGGGAUAAGCAGUUCUACCCAGAAAUGGUGGAGAAGGGGUCUCACAUGCUGCAGAUUGAUGUUGACACAGAAAAAGGCGGGCUGGCAAUAAACCCAAGCUUCUUUGUAGACUUUGGAGACGAACCUGGAGGUCCAUCCCUUGCUCAUGAGAUGAGAUAUCCUGGUGGUGACUGCACUUCAGAUAUAUGGAUCUAAAAAGGGACCUGCUGGUUUAUUUCCCUGCCUGAAAAUCACUGUUCUGUAGAGUGGUGGGAGGCUGACUUGAGAACCUGAGAGGGAUCCGCUGGAGGAACCGAAUUGAAGUGAACAAUGUUAUAGUUUGUAUCUCUCUUUUCCUGAACAUCACAAUUUUA